GAAGUGAUUGUCCAUUAAUUGAAUGCAUUGAGUGACCGGUGUUUACAUGUUUUGGUUUGCAUUUUGACAACAAUUAACGCAAAACUAUUGAUUCAAUCAAUUGAUUGUCCACUAAAUGGCUAUUGAAUUGCCGGACAAUUAUGUCAUUCAAUACAUACUAUAAUCGCUUCAUUUGUAAAUCAAUUUGUAAUUUAUAUUUUCAUUAAAUUAUUAAAUGAUAAUCCAAUUCAUCACUGAUUGUCUCAUUUAGUGGACAAACCAUUGGAUCAAACGAUUGGAUGCAAUACUAGGAACAAAUACAUUCAUCACAUUAUAGACACAGCCAUUGAUUUUCAUUAGAAAUUAUAGUAAUUUUAUUUAAAUAAUAAUUGUUUGCAAAUAAUUGUGACCAAAAUUAUGGGUAAAAUAUUGUCCAAAAUAUUUGGUAACAAAGAGAUGAGGAUUUUGAUGUUGGGCUUAGACGCCGCCGGAAAGACAACCAUACUAUAUAAGCUUAAAUUAGGCCAAUCGGUGACCACUAUCCCGACGGUGGGCUUCAAUGUGGAGACGGUUACCUAUAAAAACGUCAAAUUCAGUGUUUGGGACGUCGGCGGUCAGGACAAGAUUCGGCCGCUUUGGAGGCACUACUAUACGGGCACUCAGGGCCUGAUCUUUGUGGUGGAUUCGGCGGACAGAGACCGCAUCGAUGAGGCGCGACAGGAGUUACACAAAAUAGUGAACGACCGCGAAAUGCGUGAAGUGAUUAUACUUGUCUUCGCCAACAAACAGGACUUACCCGACGCAAUGAAACCGCAAGAAAUUCAGGAUAAGUUGGGCCUAACGAUGACAAGUCUGCGGCAGAGGAAUUGGUACGUCCAGCCCGCCUGUGCCACCACUGGUGAUGGACUCUUCGAGGGCCUCACGUGGCUUAUGUCCAAUCAUAAGACUUAAUUGGUUUUGUAGAUAGUGUUUGAGUUUUAGAUCAAUUUUUUGUAUUAAUUAAUAUAAUUAUUAUUAUUAUUAAGUCAUUAUCUUUUCUUCAACGAAAGAGUGACAAUAUUUCCACAAAUUAUUUAUAUUUUUAUGAGUUUUUUCUGAAAAUUGUGUUUUAUUUAAUACAAAACGUUGGCUUAAAUUUUUUAUAUUGAAUAUAUCAGUGAAAAUGAUAAAUGAUUUGUAAACUAAACCACAUAUUAAUGAGAUUUCCGGGUAUUGAAGAAGCGAUUCAUGAGAUUUCAGUAAUAAUUUACUUCACAAUACCUUUUGUUCCAAUAUUACCAUAAUUUCAUAGACUAUCCAUUAGUCAAACUAUAAUUUUAUAUAAAUAUUAUUAUUAUUUAUUAAUAAAAUAAUAAUAUAUAUAAUGAGUGAAAACAAAUAAUUUUUUAUUCAUUUACUAAUGAAGUAUUUUAUUAAUUAUUGGAUUUAAUUUAUUGUAUAAAAUAGACUCGACUUUCCACUCUUUUCAAUAAAAUAUUUCAAUUCAAA